AUGCCCAGUGCGCCUCCCACUUUUGCCGUCGACUCCGACUCGGAUGUCGGAAUGAAGGAUGACGACGGAGAGUACACAGGGGAGCGUCAACUUACUCGUCUACGACGCGGAAAGCAGGUCAAGAGAGCAGAGUCCGACUCGGAUCGCUCCCCAAGCCCAGACUCAAAGUCUCGCAAACGAAAAGCACCAGCCGCACCUCCUGUCAAUACCAAGCGAAAACGGACUCUGCUCGCCAAAUCCCCAAGUCCUCUUUCUGAUCCUGUUCGGAAAUACUGCUUCGGCAAGCUUCAAGAAGUUAUCGAACCCAUAUUCGUCGAAUACAAAACACUGGAAGAUGGGACUGAGCGGAGUGAGGAAGAGGCAAAAUCUGCUGCAUCGACGUUCAACAGGGAUUUGGAGAAUGCAGUCUUUGAGCAUUACUCUGAGCCAGACAAAAAGGGGAAUCGUGCCGCACUGGCAAAAUACAAGGAGCGAUUCCGAAUGCUCACUUACAAUCUUGGGCAGUCUGACCGUGUGUUACUGCGCAAAGGUAUCGCAAAUGGACAUAUCUCCGCUCAGGAGCUCUCAGAAAUGUCUUCUGCGGACCUUGCAAACGAGCAGGCGAAACAAGAGAUGGAAAAGGCUGCACAGGAGGCAUUACAUCAAUCUAUCCUCAAGACUCAAACCAUCCUACCGCGCGCCAAGAUGACCCACAAAGGAGAGGAGAUCAUCGAAACCAACGCAUCUGAAGAUAUGCGCGUUCGAGAUGAGGAAGAGCGUGAGCGACUGAGAGCAGGAUUGCGUGUGAGGACUGGAAGUAUUCUCGAAGCGAACCCCGAGUCGGCUGGACUGUCUAGUGCUACUGGCAUUUCUGGUGUUACCUUUGAGAACCAUCUUGCUGAGGAUGGUACGGUCCUGAGUCCUGAAAAGGUCUCACCCGAUACUCCUCUGGUCAUCAAUACCACCACUGUGCCUCUUUCACCCAUUACCUAUACCAAGGAACCCGGAUCCGCCUUACCAGACAUUCUCUCGCCGACAGAGAUCACGGCCACACCCUUGCGUGGAAACAUGCACGAAUCGCGGCCAUCUUUUGACCUGAAUGCACUUUGGACAGGUGACGCACCAAAUCAGUCGUCCACCUUUGCUGUAUCGUUGUCAUCGCCUGUUGGAGACGACGAAGAAGACGUGGCGAUGGACCUGGACGACGAAGCAGGUCCAGAAACGGACUUUGGCAUGUUCUUAGAUGGGGUAGAAGAGAAGAAGGUUCAAGUCGACCAUGCCACCAGGUCAACGACCCCUCCGCCACCAGCUCGAGAAGACAAAAAGAUGGACAACAUCCCCGUGGUUUGGUCCGGUGAUCUGGUCAUGCCUUUGGACCCGAAGCCUGCACUUAUCAACAAGGUUUCAGUCAGACAAGUUGGUGGUCGUUCCUUUGGCACCUCUCCGUCUGUUUGGAACCUUCUUUUCAAAGGUAGUCAGGCGUUGAUCGAAGGACGUGUACCGACCGAUCGUUCUAUCAAAUACCUUGUCACCACUCGCCUAAACCCGAGCAAGGAGUUGAUUGUCGUUCACUUUGCACCCACGGAAGAAUCAAAAGAGAAUAUGGCAGAGUUGUUCGAUUUUCUGACGAAGAAAGAUCGACAUGGUCUCGUGUUUCCAUGGGGUACAAACCCUCCAUCGACGGCUCCAGGCAAAGAUCUCUAUCUCCUUCCAAUACAGGCUUCGAAACCGCUCCCGGAGUUCAUUGAUCUUCUGGACCAUGUUCUGAUACCGAAACAACGAGAUGAAAAUAUGCUGUUAGGCGUGUUUGUCCUGAGUAAAGGCAAAAUUGUAGUCCCUCCCAUCGCCACGACGCCUCCGAGCGAACAAGCGGCUAAGCAGCCGACACCCCCAACUGCGUCGUCGUCCCAGCAAUCACAACAGCAAACGCCCUUGGCUCCCUCGAAUAGCAUGGCUUCGCUGCUGUCGACGCUUGGAACGACGAGUUCGAUGCCGUACGCUGUCACUCCAACGCCCCCUGUGGCAGCUUUGUUGCCAGGAAUGCAACACCCUCCACAAUUGCCUGUUGGGGUACCGUCAAACAGUAUACCUGGACCCUAUCAAUUCUCACAUUCGCCGGCACCACCGGGAGGACCCCCUGGACAACCAUCCCUUCCCAGUUCGGCUCCGAUACCGACCGGAAACGCAUUACUGGAACUCGCAUCUUCCAUCCAAAAUCUAUCACCGGACCAGCUCAACCUCAUUCUCCAAGGACUAAUGGCUGGCGGAGCUGGCCAGUCACCCACGCCCCCAACUCCUGUACCACCACCAACUGGCCCAUCACCAUGGCCUCCUGCAACCGCCUAUGGGGGACCGCAACAGACUCCACCUUAUCAAGGUGGUAUGGCACCUGGAUAUGACCGAUACCCAAACGCUUCGAGAAGUCCACAAGCGCAGUCAGGAAGGCCCAGAGAUGGUCCUCGUGAGGAUCAUUACGGUCGAGAGCGUCGUUCAUCGCAUACUGACCGUGGACCGGGUCCGCGUGACUCAUAUCGAGGUCGAGGAGGAGGGCAGCGAGGCGGUAGAUCUGCAAGUGACUAUGCAGAUGGCGGUUGGAAUCGCAGACGAGCAGCUGCUCCGUACACGGACCAAUAA